AGAGAAAACGUCAAAAUGAAGCUGCUCGCCCACAUCCUGGGUCUCUGCCUGGCUCUUGCUCUGGCAUUGGCUGAUAUGCAAGGCCAUGCAGCAGACAUUCUUGACCGUUGCCAGGGUCUUGAGAUGGAUGCUGUUGCAGUGAAUGAACUGGGAAUCCCAUACUUCUUCAAGGGUGACCAUCUGUUCAAAGGCUUUCAUGGAAAAGCAGAGCUGUCCAAUGGGUCUUUCGCUGAGCUGGAUGACCAUCACCACCUGGGCCAUGUGGAUGCUGCUUUCCGCAUGCACUACGAGGACAAUGCCGCCGACCACGACCACAUGUUCUUCUUCUUAGACACUAAGGUGUUCAGCUAUUACCAACACAAAUUGGAGGAUGGAUACCCCAAGAACAUCUCCGAGGUCUUCCCUGGAAUCCCCGACCAUUUGGAUGCUGCCGUGGAGUGUCCCAAACCAGAGUGUGAAGAAGACUCCGUCAUCUUCUUUAAGGGAGACGACAUCUACCACUACAACGUUAGAACCAAGGCUGUAGAUAAGAAGGAGUUCAAGUCCAUGCCCAACUGCACAUCUGCUUUCCGCUUCAUGGAGCACUUCUACUGCUUCCAUGGACACAUGUUCUCCAAGUUUGACCCGAAGACCGGCGAGGUUCACGGCAAAUAUCCCAAAGAAGCACGUGACUACUUCAUGAGAUGCUCCAAGUUCAGUGACGAUAGCGACCACGUGGAGCGAGAACGCUGCAGCCGUGUUCACCUGGAUGCCGCCACAUCUGACCACGCUGGAAACAUGUACGCCUUCAGAGACCACCACUUUCUUCGGAAAGAUGAGGGAAAUGACACACUGACAGCCGACACCAUCGAAAGCGCUUUCAAGGAGCUGCACAGUGAGGUGGAUGCUGUUUUCUCUUAUGAUGAUCAUCUUUACAUGAUCAAGGAGGAGCACUUAUAUGUUUACAAAGUCGGCGAGAACCACACCCUCGUGGACGGUUACCCCAAACCUGUGAAAGAGGAGCUGGGCAUCGAGGGUCACAUUGACGUUGCAUUCAUGUGUGGAGACGGAGGGGACGGUCCUCACAUCGCUCACUUCAUCAAAGGUGAUCACAUCUAUGACGUGGACAUGAAGGCAAGCCCUCGUGUUGCAAGCAAUGAGCGUCCAAUCGCCCUCUUCAAGAAUGUCGACACUGCCAUGUGUGGUCCUGCAGGACUUAAAGUGAUCGUAGGAAACCACUUCUACCACUUUGAGAGCGUCAUGCUGUUUGUGGCCAGCAAGGCUCUACCUGAGCAGCACAAAGUGUCUCUGGAGCUGUUCGGCUGCGAUCACUGAAAGGCCUUCUCAAUGGGACUAAAUAGAUUGUGCAGAAUGUCACAUACAACACUGAGACACGGAAACAUAACAGCACCGACAACAUCACGCAGGAGGUGCCAUACCACACGUUACCAAGCUUCUCACAGCAGACAGUGUUUCAUGCUACUUGUUUCCCUUCUGUGUUCUUACUUUAAAAUAACCAUCUGUAUAUUUUUAUUUCUUUUGGAAGGUUUGUCACUUUUUAUAAUGAAGCUCUGUGGUUCUCUCUGCAAAGUGUGCUGCCAAGAAAUAUAUGUUUUUCUGUGAAUCAUCUUGUGCUGUGUUGUUGUGAAUAAAGAGGAGUGGC